UGUGUGUCACAUUGUUGCAUUUUAAGGUUUAGUAGACUAUGGGUUGCUGUCUCCAAGACCCAGAGGAGCAGAGAAGGACCUGUCCCAGCCGCACUGGAAGCAGGGCUAAUUAUUCCCAUUUUACAGAUGUGGAAGACUGAGGCCUGUUGAAAGUACAGAGCUCAGCCCUGGCACCCUCUGUCCCCAAGAGCUCCAUGCAGGUGCCACAGAAUGGAGAGGACCUUGCUGGCCAACCCUGGUACCACGGCCCCCUGUCCCGCCAGAAGGCCGAAGCUCUUCUUCAGCAAGAUGGUGACUUCUUGGUUCGUGCCUCUGGGUCCCGUGGAGGCCACCCUGUGAUCUCCUGCCGCUGGCGGGGCUCGGUCCUCCACUUCGAGGUGUUCCGUGUGGCCCUGCGUCCCCGGCCGGGCCGGCCCGCGGCCCUCUUUCAGCUGGAGGAUGAACAAUUCCGCAGCGUGCCUGCCCUGGUUCGCAGUUACGUGGCCACCCAGCGCCCACUGUCCCAGGCCACAGGGGCUGUGGCCUGCAGGCCUGUGACUCGGCAGGGGCCUCUGCGGCGUAGCUUUAGCGAGGACACCCUCGUGGACAGCCCGGCUCGGGCAGAGCCUCUCAGGGAAAGGAAGUGGAGCAACAGUCAGCCUGCAGACUUGGCGCAUAUGGGGCGGUCAAGAGAAGACCACCUUGAACCAGGAGCCUCCACUAUGCCCGUGGCUGCCCUGCCCCGGACAGGCAGUGACCCGGUGUUGCUGAAGGCCCCCGCUCUGCUCGGGACAGUCGCCGACACUCUCAGGGCUUCUGAUGGGCAGCUUCAUGCCAAGGCACCAACCAAACCCCCCCGGACACCCUCGCUGGUGCUGCCUGAUGUCUCUGGACGCCCCCCAACGUACUGUGAACUUGUGCCUAGAGUGGCCAGUGCCCAGGGGCCGCCCCCGGGUCAGAGCUGGCCAGAGCCAGACUCCUUGUGGUGGGAGGCGGAGGAGGAGGAAGAGGAGGAAGAAGAGAACAGAUGUUUUAGGAGACCACAGGCUGAGGUCUCUUUCUGUCCCCCUGACACUCGGUCCUGCCUGCUGAGCCCCCACAAUCGGCCCCUGGAACCCGAAGUCCUGCGUAAGCUCCGAGGCCUGUUCCUGGAGCACCAUCCGGACAGCACUGCCCUUCACCUGCUGUUGGUAGACUGCCAGGCCACAGGCCUCCUGGGCGUGACCAGGUUUCAGCGGGCCAACAUGGGGGUGGCCUCUGGCCUGGAGCUGCUCACGCUUCCCCAUGGGCAUCGCUUGAGGGUGGAACUGCUGGAGAGGCACGAGACGCUGGCGCUGGCCGGGGCGCUGGCCGUGCUGGGGUGCUCUGGGCCGCUGGAGGAACGCGCGACCGCGCUCAGGGGACUGGUAGAGCUGGCGCUGGCACUGUGGCCAGGGGCGGCGGGGGACCUGCCCGGGAUGGCCGCGGUCAUGGGCGCCCUGCUCAUGCCCCAGGUGACCCGGUUGGAGCACACGUGGCGCCAGCUCCGACGGAGCCACACGGAGGCGGCCCUGGCCUUUGAGCAGGAGCUGAAGCCUCUGAUGCGGGCUCUGGAUGAGGGCGCUGGACCCCGCGACCCCCGCGAGGUGGCGCUGCCGCACGUGGCACCCGCGGCGCGCCUCCUGGAGGGCGAGGAACUCGGGGGGCCGCUGGACGAGAGCUGCGAGCGGCUGCUGCGCACCCUCCACCGCGCGCGCCAGGUGGCCCGGGACGCGCCCAGGUUCCGCCAGGUGGCGGCCCAGCGCCUGCGAGGAUUCCGGCCUAACCUGGAGCUGAGGGAGGCCCUGACCACGGGCUUCCUGCGGAGGCUGCUCUGGGGGAGCCGGGGCCUGGGAGCGCCACUGCCCCAACGCCUUGAGAAGUUCCAGCGCGUCCUCAGCGUCCUGUCGCAGCGCCUGGAGCCUGACCACUGAGCGCAGCAGGCUGGGACCCCAAGGUGACCAAGGGAAUCGCCCUACGCUUCUCACGCAGCCACAGGCAGUGGAGACCUGUCCCCACCAAUGGAAGGAAGGGGGGCAGGUUUACAAGAAUCCACCUGCCCCCUAAAAAUGCACAUGGAUCCUGGGGGGUUGGGUCCUCCCUUAUACUGUAAGACCACCCCACACCCCCUGUACAGCUGGGACACUUCAGCAGCAGCAGCAUGCAGGGGUGACAGGCAAGAUGGCUCACGCCUGGAAUCCUAGCACUCUGGGAGGC